UAUGGCGCCAAACCUGCAGCUGUCAGACGCCUGCCAAUCAUUCACAGGCACGCCCCUUUCCGGGGGAGGGAUUCACCGCGCUCUGCCUCGCUGAUUGGUAGAGCCGGCCACUUCCGCCGUCUCUGAUUGGCCGGGCGCUGUGCCGGAGCCCGCGCAGCUGUUUGAAUCGCGGACUUGUAUAGAGAACUCCCGCCGCUCCUCCGAUCACUCCGCGCGAUACCGAUCUACCUGCACCGACACCAUGAGCUGCCUGAACGUGCCCGAUGUCAUGCCCGGAUCACCCAGCAAGACCCGGGGGAAGAUCCAGGUGAUCUUUGGUCCGAUGUUCUCUGGGAAGAGUACGGAGUUGAUGCGUAGAGUGCGGCGCUUCCAGAUCGCGCAGUAUAAAUGUAUGGUGAUAAAGUACGCCAAGGACAACCGGUACAGCCAGGAGCAGCUGGCCACACAUGACCGUCACACGAUGUCCGCGGUUUCCACCUGCAGCCUGGCGGAUGUGUUCACGGAGGCUCUGAACUGUUGUGUGAUCGGCAUUGACGAGGGCCAGUUUUUCCCGGAUAUCGUUGAGUUCUGCGAAGAAAUGGCCAACAAGGGCAAAACCGUCAUCAUUGCCGCCCUGGAUGGGACGUUUCAGAGGAAGCCUUUCGGGGACAUCCUAAAUUUGGUGCCGCUGGCGGAGAGCGUGGUGAAGCUGAAUGCGGUGUGCAUGGAAUGUUAUCGGGAAGCCUCCUACACCAAGAGACUGGGAGCCGAAAAAGAGGUGGAGGUGAUCGGAGGGGCAGAUAAGUACCACUCGGUGUGCAGACUUUGUUACUUCAAGAAACCGCAACCGACGCAAGGGAAGGAAAAUCUUCUCACCCUCCAGGACAAAUCCAAUGUAGCCAAAACCUUGCCGGGUGCGUCCCCUCGCAGGCCUCUGAUGCAAAUCCAGCCCUCUGCGUGACACAGUGGUUUGUGUGUGUAGUGGGCGGCUGUGACCUCUGGGGGGCGCUGGAGGACUGACUUGAAAGACUCGGCUUGCGUUCGUGUGGGGAAAUGCAGAAAGUGUGCUUUGUAAAUAUGAAUUUGUUUUUAUUUUGUUUUUAGUCUUUUGUUACUGCCAUGCUUUGCUCAGCUGCUGUGUAUAUAAAUCAUAUCAUCUAUGGGCUUUUUAUUGCUGGGGCUCCAACACAAGGGGAUCCAAGACUUGUCUGUAGAUGUGUCAAACAUCGUAUCAUGACGUUUGUACCUUUCCUUUACGGGUACUCCAAGCUUUUAUAGAACUACAAGUCCGGCCGUCAGCCUCUGGUGGCCGUGCCGUCAGCCUCUGGUGGCCGUGCCGUCAGCCUCUGGUGGCCGUGCCGUCAGCCUCUGGUGGCCGUGCCGUCAGCCUCUGGUGGCCGUGCCGUCAGCCUCUGGUGGCCGUGCCGUCAGCCUCUGGUGGCCGUGCCGUCAGCCUCUGGUGGCCGUGCCGUCAGCGCCGCAGGUUGAGUACCCACGCUUUACAGAAAACCUUUAUUAUAUUGCAGCUUACUAAGCCUCAUACACACGAUCGGACUCUAACCCCCCCCCCCCCCCCCCCCGAUUUUGGUUCAAAGGGCAUUGGCCGUGAUCUUGUUCUUCAUUCACACGGCCCAACAUUUUCAGCCAGCAUUCACCAAAGACCUUGUUUUUUCAGCUCUUUACUGCCACCCUUUGGGCAACUUCUGCUAUUGUCUGAUGGUUUAGCAUUGGUUCCAAGCAUGCGUGUUUGUACUUUUGGCGUUUAGUUGGAUGGCCUUGCGUACACACACACACACGAUUGGCAAUAAAUCUGUUACAUCGGAUUAUCCAGACGGUUGGUUGAUCAUGACCAGCCAACAUUUUGUAGUCGCUAAUUCCGCCAACAAUUGUCUGAUGGAGCGUACACACGGGGUUGGAUUAUCCGACGCAACAUGUUAUCAGACGAUUAUUGACGUAAAAUUGGAUCGUGUGUACGGCCCUUAAAGCCUCGUACAGACUAUUGGAUUUUCUGACUGGAAUUGUGUGAUGACAGGCUGUUGUCGGAAAAUCCCACUGUUUGUACGCUCCAUCGGACAAUUAUCGGAUUUUCCUACAGCAAAUGUUGGCUAGCAUGCUUUAAAACUUUCCGACAACAAAUGUGCGUUGUCGGAUUUUCCGAUUGUGUGUACAGAAGUCUAUCGGACAAAACUCGCAUGCUCCGAAGCAAUGCUCACCAUAACACAACAUUAGCAGAAGUUGCCCAAAGUGUGGUGCUGGGAAACAUGCAAUUUCGUGUUUGUUGACCGAUAAUUCUUGGCCGUGAACUUGUAUUGCAUACAAAUGGCAAAUGCUUUUCGGACAAAAGUCCUACGUUGUGUCCACGGAAAAUCUGAUUGUGUGUACCAUGGCUGCUUUCCCCUAGUGAUCUGUAAUUUUGUUGCUUUUCAAAAUGAACAAGAGCUCCAACAAAAUGUAUCAAUUUUAUAGUGAUGAGACAAACUAUUUAACCACCACCGGCGCCGGCGGGACGACUUAGAAUGAUCAGCUUUUAUUUAUAUUAGGGCCGGUUCACACCAUAGGAAUGCAGUCUGGAUGCUUUUCUU